GUAGCAAUAAAGCCGUACAGCGCAGUCCACAAGCUCACACAUCAACAACAAUGGGCCGGACAGAGGUAGCCUCCAGUUUGCUGUUUUUACUCGCCAUCCUCAUAAAUAAAGGGCUCUCCAGUCCUCUGGCAAGUAAAGAAGAUUGGAGCUAUGUGGAAGUGAGAGAUGGAGCCCACAUGUUCUGGUGGUUGUAUUAUGCUGACAGCCAAUCUGCAGAAAACAACGACCUGCCUCUGGUCAUGUGGCUGCAGGGUGGACCAGGAGGAUCAGGAAGUGGUUUUGGGAACUUUGAAGAGAUUGGACCUUUGGAUAGGAACCUACAGCCCAGGAAGACGAGCUGGGUACAGGCAGCCAGUCUUUUAUUUGUAGACAACCCCGUGGGCACUGGCUUCAGCUACGCCGAAAGGCCAGACGGCUAUGCAACCGACGUGGCCAUGGUGGCCUCAGACAUGCUGGUACUGCUCCAAAACUUUUUCACCAAGAAGACCGAGUUUCAGAGUGUCCCCUUCUACAUCUUCUCUGAGUCAUAUGGAGGGAAGAUGGCCGCAGCUAUCUCCAUGGAACUCACCAAGGCCAUUGCACAAGGGAAAGUGAAAUGCAACUUUGCUGGUGUGGCACUUGGGGACUCAUGGAUUUCCCCACUGGACUCUGUCAUGACGUGGGGACCAUACCUCUACACUACUUCACUGCUGGAUGAUAAUGGCCUGAACGAUGUCAACGGUGCAGCAGAGGCAGUAAAGCAAGCCGUGGAGCAGCAAGAGUUUAAGAAAGCCACCGAGCUGUGGUCUGUAGCCGAGACGGUGGUGGAGCAGAACACCAACGGAGUCAACUUCUACAACAUCCUCACGCAGGAGCCGGAUGAGAAACGUACCUCUUCAACAGGAGAGGACUUCAUCUCUCUGCAAACACGUCGCCAUAUUCGACCCUUGCACAGCCAAUCACUGAGUGAGCUGAUGAAUGGGCCAAUCAGGAAGAAACUGGGUAUCAUCCCCCAGAAUGUCACAUGGGGAGGCCAGGCAGAGGAUGUGUUCACCUACAUGUCAGGAGACUUUAUGAAGCCGGUGGUGGAUAUAGUCGACCAAUUGUUGAGCGCUGGAGUCAACGUCACUGUCUACAAUGGACAGCUGGAUCUCAUAGUGGACACCAUGGGUCAGGAGUUGUGGGUAAAGCGGCUGAAGUGGGACGGGCUAUCUGGAUUUAACAAUCUGAAGUGGACCGCCCUGGAUGACCCCACCUCCCCAGGCGUUACCGGAGCUUUCUGCAAGACCUACAAGAACUUUUCCUUCUAUUGGAUCCUGAAAGCCGGUCACAUGAUUCCCUCAGAUCAAGGACCUAUGGCUUUGCAGAUGAUGAAGAUGAUCACCCAGCAGGUCUGAUGCACCCACUACGAUGCCAGCUGGAAUGGCUCUGACAAUCAAAAUGAUCAAAUUGACUUUUUUUAUAUUUCACUUUCUGCUGAACCAAAUCAAAAAUCACAGUUUUCUGACACAGCAAUGAACAACAAUAAAGAUGAUUUGUUUUUUUUGUAA